CAGCGUCAGCGACUAUAGUUUCCGCUAUGAAGCGUUUGAUUGGCUGAUCUACCGUCGUAAGCACAACUCAGUCUGCUCAAUAGAACAUUGCUGACUAGUACCUACCAAUGAAAAUGGAGACGUCUACAAGUCCACUGAACAAAGAGGAUUCCGUUUGGACAUACUUGAGAAGCAUUGCUAACAAAAGACAUCCAUUUAGUGAUCCCCUAUAUAAAGAAGGCAAUGAAGCUUGUCGAAUGCAACUUCAGUAUGUUGCUGUUGAUGAAGAUGAUGAUACUCUGCCUGAUAAAAGUGAGCCGGUGAGCCGGUUCCAGUGCGCGGUGCCCGGCUGCGGCCGCUGGCUCGGCUCAGUCCUGGAGCAGGAGGUGCACUAUUCGACCAGUCACCGACACAGCUGCGGGCUGUGUCGUGCUCAGCUGCCCUCGUUCCACCUGCUGCAGCUCCACCUGGAGGAGAGCCACGACUCGCUGUUUGCUGUGCGGGCCCAGCGACAGCCCAUGUACCGCUGUUUUCUGGAGUCGUGUGACGUCCUCUCCGCCGACGCCGACUCCAGGCGGGAGCACUGCACGGUCCACCACUGCUUCCCGGCCGACUUCUGCUACUCCCCGUCCCCUCCGCCACCUCCCGCCCCUCCGGCUCCCUCCCCGUUCAUCCCCUCUCCCUCAUCCUCCUCCUCUGUGCCCGCCCGGCCGCAGCCCCGACUCCGGUUCUCCUAUACGGUACCUGAGCACGGUGUCAGCUUCGGGGCCGGAGCAGUACGGUCGCUCGGUCGGGAGAUGGCGGAUGGAGACGCCUCGGAGAUCGACAUGGCGAGCCUAGCGGCGGCGCUGGAGCCUGAGACGCUCUGAGAUGGACUUGGUGAUGUACCUAAAGGUAUGUUGUGCAUUACUCGCACGCUUCUCUGGGACUGCGGGGUGUGCGAUGGAUGCUCGAUUUAUGUAUUAUGAUACUGUUUAUUCCAAUGUUCAUUCUGUCAGAGCUGUUCAUUUUUUGUAGGUUCAUUUGCUCUACGAGCUUUGCUCAUAUCACUAUGCGCUAGCAUCCUCACUUGGCAGAGCACAGUGUGGCAGAGCACAGUGCGUGCUACUGUGCUCUGCCAUUCCCAUCAAAACUAUAUUGACUUUGAUUGAGUGUCUGCUACGUGAAUAACGGGCACAACUUCGAGCCCCUGAACAACUUUCCUCGUGUUCCAAACCGUGUAAGUUGGGCAGCGUAAGCUUUUAGCUGAGUCGGUCAUGAGUUCUUGCCUUAGAAUAUCUGUUUAGCUAUUUUCCUUGUAAUACAUGCUUUUGUAAUUUUGGAUUGUUGAACACGUUGGCGAUGGCUAAAUGGAAUUGUCAUUAUGUAACUUAAAUAUAUUGAUAAAGGUCAUGUUCUUAG